AUGAGCUUUCGCGACCAUUCAGCCUAUUCAUCGCCACAAGUCUUAGAACCCUCGUCAACGUUAACGCUGACGUCGAAUCUGAUGGAGGACCAAACUAAAAUGGCACGCGCCGCUGAGCCGGAUAACAUCGAAUCUGUCGUGACUGGCCUGGGUGUGUCAGACGUGUUGGGGGACGAGCCUCAGAUCACCCCAAUAAGGGCUCGAAGUCCACCAACUGACAAGAAUGCGCGAGAUCAGAGUAAGAUCAUAAUGGAAGAACCUGAAGCAGGCCGAGGGCGUGUCGAGGUAGUCAGAGCGGGAGCAGCUCUUUCUGCGAAAGCUGCCAAAAAGAAGAGGAGAAAGCAAAACAUGGAAAAAGCGUCGCCAGCAUUGAGUACUAUCCGAGGAUUCACACCUGGCGAUUCAGGCGCUGAAGAAUCUGCUCACGCAAGAGGUAGUCCAAAAGUCAAAUCUCCUGUCCCGCGACCUCCACCCCUUGCAGGGGCCAGUCCUGGGAUUCGUCCUGCUUCUCCAGCAGUCAGCAGUCUUAAGCUACAGCUUGAUGCUCUCAAUCUCGGUAGUCGACCUGGAAGCCGGUCAGCCUCUUUAGCACGAAGCAAACUUGGCUCUGAAACUCCGAGCAGCGAAAUCAGCACGACAUCUGAAACUGGCACGGAAGAUGAUUCGACUUCGGAUAUGAUCAGUUAUGAAGUGCCACUUGACCAAGACUUUGUCAACCCUUUUCUGAGUGAGAGUACGAAUCCGAAGCCGAGUUCUCUGUCAACUAUUUGUCCUGAUCAGCGUGCUUCUUCAAUGAUGACCCGCAAGAUGACGGCAGCAGAUUUUACGACACUGAAAUGUCUGGGGAAAGGGACUUUUGGUACCGUUCAUCUGGUGAAGCAGCACUCAUCAAAUCGUCUAUUCGCCCAGAAACAAUUUCGCAAAGCAUCACUUACCGUGCACAAGAAGCUUGUUGAGCAGACCAAGACCGAACGUUCUAUUCUCGAAUCUGUCAAUCGACAUCCUUUCAUUGUCAAUCUCUACUAUGCUUUCCAGGAUUGCGAGAAGCUGUACUUGAUCCUUGAAUACGCUCAAGGUGGUGAGCUUUUCCAUCAUCUCGAGAUGGAGAAAUUCUUUGGUGAAGACGUGGCUGCUUUCUACAUGGCAGAGAUGGUCCUCGCUCUUGAUCAUCUUCACCACAAUGUUGGAGUCAUCUAUCGUGAUCUUAAGCCAGAAAACUGCCUCCUUGACUCCGAGGGCCACCUCUUGCUCACUGACUUCGGAUUGAGCAAAGUAGCGGUUGAGGAUCCAUCUACUCCUGGCAGUAGCCGUUGCAACAGCACGGGCAUUGGCACGAUUGAAUACAUGGCGCCAGAAGUGAUUCGUGGUUCUGAACUCUCCUCAAUUGGUCCAGGCUAUGGAAAGCAAUGCGAUUGGUGGUCUCUCGGUGCUCUGGGCUUUGAUCUUCUGACCGGGUCUCCUCCGUUUGGUGGUAACAACUAUACCAAGAUCCAGCAGAACAUCGUCAAGCAGAAACUGAGUCUGCCAUAUUUUCUCUCACCAGACGCCAAGGACCUACUCACGAGGUUGUUACGCAAGGAACCAAACAAGAGAUUGGGUGCGAAGGGAAAGCCAGAUGUUGCAAUCAUGAAGAAACAUCGCUUCUUCCGGAAGAUCGAUUGGGUAAAGUUGGAGAGACGAGAGCUCGAACCACCAAUUAGACCGCUCAUCACCGAUCCCGAAUUGGCCGAGAACUUUAGCACUGAGUUCACAAACUUAGGUGUCAGCCCCAUCAGGGAACGGUUCACAGGAGGCCUCAGCUCGACUGAUCCUUUCGGCGGAUUCAGCUACGUGGCCAGCUCAAGCUUGCUGGAGGCCGGCUAUCUGGGUGAGGGGGACGACAUUUAA